UCGAUAUCACGUUCACUUUCGCCCAGCAAGUAAUUCAGGAUAAUUCAGGAUUCGUGUCGUUUGGCAAAAAUUACUAAAAUGAUGGACCACUUUUUGUACGAUCAGUUCCUGGGGAUAUUUGGCUACUUGUUGAUAGCAGUUUUCUUCCCAUCGUCUGCUGCACCUAUUAAAUGUCCAAUCAACAAGUUUUGGAACCCUGCCAUCGAAAGAUGUGAUUCAUGUUCUAUAUACUGUGGCAGUAAUAAUCCAAAUUACUUGAGUGUUUGUCAAAGAAAAUGUGCUUCAGUGUACCACCAGUUGAUGAGUGCAACCGGCACAACGCAGACGACACGCUCAACUUUGCAGGCUACAUUCCAGUCCGUUACCCAUUUCACCAGCCAUCAAAACGAAACGUCCUCCGGUGGAGUUGUGAUGCCACCAGUCGCAGCCACCUUUUCAACGCCAGAAAUCGCCGUCAUUUGCCUUGGGGGUGUGGUUGGUGCUGUACUUGUGAUAAUGCUCAUCGUGAAACUCAUCAGUAGACGUAAUAGAGGAGGUUUGGCCACGCUAUCAUGUCUGGGAGGGUCUAAAGAGAGGUUGAGUACUCCAGUCCAAGCAGAGAGCGAUACAGGAUCUCAAGAACUCAGCAGCCUGUCGACUAACCAAUCGCUUGAAAACACAGUGGAAACGCAACCACUGAAUGCACCAGAGGCUCCUGAACAACUCCUCGGAUGAUUAUCUUUUUGAAUGAUGUUCCAAAGACCAUCUUGACCCUCAAGCCUUGGAUCCACUCCGCCGACCCGGACUCCAUAACACCAACAGUAACGGAUCGAUUAACUCUGAUGGUUCAUAAUGGUCAAAGACUCACGGGGCAGUCCAUUUCGUAAUCGUGUGAAAAAUCGUGUCUCCUUUCCAUUCUGUGCAACCAUUCCGAUUUGAUGGGUGAAUGGGUCACUAAGGAAACUGUUACUCCUGGAAAUCUGACACUGCUGCAUUUCGAUGAGACAAGCUCAAGAAGGGUGAGUUAGCCGAUAGAUACCGAGAUGAGAAUACAGGGGACGUUGAAAGUGCCAAAUGAAUACGUUGAAAGUGCCAAAUAGGACUGAGGUGACAUCUCUGAUGCACUUAUUGUUCAGUUUCUAAGCUGUGAUAUCGUUGUCGGGGCAGUGACUUUCCCUGACAAUCUUUUCAAAGCGCACCAACUCUUGAAGAUCUAGACGUUUGCCGUCCAUACACGUCUGUUUCGGGGGAAAUUGCCUUCGGCAACGACAGUAUCAUUUUCAUGAGGGUGGCAAUUGGCGGGCAAAAAAGAAGCACUGCAGAAGGCCGAGUCGAAAGUGCUUCCAUCUGGAAUAUGUAACGCAAAUUGUGAUUGUAGAUUAUUAUUAUUAUUAUUAUACAAUAUUUAUAUAGCGCCCUAUUCAGAAAACUGCUCUAUGGCGCUUUACAAAGAUAAAAAUAUUAAUAAAACAUUGAUUACAUAAUUAAAACAUUUACAUAAGAUUAAAAACCAUAAUGUUCAAUAAAAAGAAAAGUCUUAAGGGAACGUUUAAAAAUGGAGACGGUGCUGCUCAUCUUGAUCUCGAGCCGCAGUGCGUUCCACAGGACAAGGGCCACCUGUUUGAAGGACCACGUGCCAUAGGUUUUAGUCCUUGUUCUUGGCACCAACAGGAGGCACUGGUCCGUGGAACGCAACCGUCGCCCGGGCAGAUGUCUUGAAAUGAGGUUGGCCAUGUACACCGGCGCUGUGUUGUUUAGUGAUUUAUACGUGUAGAGGAGUAUCUUGUACUUGAUUCUGCUCUCUACAGGCAACCAAUGCAGUUGGUACAGCACCGGCGUAAUGUGCUCUCUCUUUCUUGUGCCAGUGAUCAAGCGAGCAGCUGCAUUCUGAGUUCUUUGAAGUUUGGAAGCUUGAUGCUUGGUUAUCCCAUGUAAAAGUCCAUUUGCGUAAUCCAAUCUUGAGAUGACUGUUGCUUGAACCAAGGAUUUCAAAGCGUUUUGGUUAAGAUAAGGUUUGAUCCUGCCAAUAUUUCGCAAAUGAAAAAUUGCAUAUUCUUGAUACAUGGUUCACAUGGUUCUUCAUGGAUAGCGUCGAAUCCAUCAGUGCUCCAAGGUUUCGCACCGAAGCAACAGGAAUGAUUGUACAGCCACCAAUUCUCAGUGAUAACUCGUGGCAGAAAUGCUUGAGGUGCUUUGGGUAAAAUGCCAUGAACUCAGUUUUCUCAUCAUUUUGCUUAAGACCAUUGACUUUAAGCCAUGGCUUUAAGUCACUAACACAGGUUUCUAUCGACACUAUGGCCUCAUUGAUGUUAGCUAGAGAUGGUUUUAUGGCCAAGUAGUUCUGUGAGUCAUCAGCGUAUACAUGUAGGUGAUAUGGUAAGUCAUGACUUCUGAAAAUGGAACCAAUUGGUUUCGUGUACAAGCAGUAUAACUUCGGGCCAAGUACAGACCCUUGAGGUACGCCACAUCUAAGAUUCAUGUUGUCUGACACACUAUCCCCUAUCACAACAGACUGAUGCAAACUCAGGAAAUAUAAA